AAAGUAUUAAACAUGGCGUCGUUUAUACGUGUGAAACGAAGAUACAAUGAAGAACCAUCGAAUGUUUUGCUUAUUGCGUGUAAAAAAAGUAAAAUUAUCGAAAAUGAAGGAGUUGAAAAUGCAUACAACGACGAACCGGUAACUGCAGUUGUGAAAUUCGCUGGAACAGUCAAGGAUCAAGACGAAGAUGCAAUCAAACGUUUGGCAAAGACAGUUAGAAAAAAUGAAUUAAAAGAAAAUUUUAAGAAGCACAUGGUAGAUAUUAAAAACAUGUUACGCACACAGAUUAAAAAUAAUUCUAUUCAAAGUAGAUACAAGAUAGUUAAUCGCCAUCGUUCAAUGGAUGAAUCCAAUAUAGAGGAAUCAGGAGAUAAUUUAACUGUAAUAGACAUCGAGGAGACUUUGUCGUAUUCCAUUCCGGUUGAAAAAGAUUCUGAAACGAUUGACAAUUUUGUAUACGACUUGUAUUAUACUGAACACGGUAUGAUUACUAUAGACGAUGAUGUUGUAUACAUGCAAGGCGUAGAAGAAGAGUUAGUAUAUGAUUUGGAAGAAAAUGAUGAACCUGAGUAUUCAUCAGAUGAUUCCAAUUCUGAAUCGAGAUGGAAUGAUUAUCCUGAUAGUGACCAGGAAGAAAAUGGAGAAGAUGAAGACGAAGAGGACUUUUUAAGUACAGGUAUUAAAAGAUGUACCUUAAACGAUGAUUACCAAGAUGCAGAAUUAGAUUCCGAUUCGAGCAUAGAUGAUUUUAUUUAUAGUGUAGAUAAAAAUGAUGUGAAAUAUUUUGGUUAUAAGUAUGCGAGGUAUAAAGCGAGAACAAAUAAAAAUUUAGCAAUGGGUAAUUAUAGUCAUAAUAAUGAAUUAGAAUUUGAUUUUGAAGGUAUCGAUGAGAGUAUAAGCAAUGAUGAGUAUAAUAAUGAUAGUUCUUCAUGCGAUUCUUCCGAUCAUGAUAAUGAUUACUAAAAAUUUUUAUUACAAUAAUUUAGUAACAUCGUUGACUAAGUUACAAAAAUUUCAAAUAAUUAUUGAAUUUUUUCUUUUUAUUUUAAAGAAAUACACAAACAAUAUAUUUUAAUUAGCAUUCCAGAAAAAAAGACUGUACGAUAAAAACAAAUUAUCAUAUAUAUUGUUUCUUUGGCAAACAUUGUUUCUUUUGCAGUAGUGUGCAUUGAUUAUCUUUAUCCUAUAGUGUUGUUAUAAUAUUCAAAAUGAAAAGAAAAGAAAUAUUUUCAAUACAUACAAGA